AUGGAUCCCCUGAGACAAUUAGUAUUAAAUCAGCACAUAUUAGUGCGGCUCCCAUCUGAUAACCUCAAAAUUGUAGAACUGAAACCUAACGGCGUGAUCUCACUAGGGAAGUUCGGCGCAUGCCAUGUAAACGAUAUCAUUGGGUAUCCGCUUGGCACGACUUUUGAAAUAUGGUACGAGGGUGAUGAGACAGAGGUGGUGCGAGGCUCCACAGUCGUGAUUGGGAAAGUCAGAGUGCUGGAGAAUCGCGCGGAAGCACAGGUUGGGUCUGAGGGCGCGACGCCACAGCCUGCAGAGCUUACCCAAGUCGAGAGCAGCAAGACCAACAUGGAGCUGCUGGACCUUGGACACAAGGUACAGAAACUCGACCACAAGGAGAUUGAACGCAUGAAGCAGGACGUCACAGCGGGUGACUCCAUCAUCUCCAUGAUGAUCCAAUCGCAUGAGACAUUCCACAAGAAGACAAUUCACUCACAGGAGAAGUAUCUGAAGAGAAAGAAGCAGAAGUUUGCCAAGUUUUUCACAGCCGAAUAUCUCGGAAGCUCCGGGCUGCUGCGCUACCUGAUUGAGAAGGGCGACAUGCAGCGCAUCAUGGACCUGUCCGAGGAGUCGCUCGGAAUGGCGCUGAACCUCGCAAAUAUCCGCUCGAACGGCACCUACCUGUGCAUGGAUGAGACUGGCGGCCUGAUAGUGUAUGCCAUGCUCGAACGCAUGUUCGGCGGCCACGAGGCACAGCACGGAGGCACGAUUGUGGUCGUCCAUGAGAACGAGCAUCCCAACCUGGACCUGCUCAAGUUCUCCAACUACUCAGAGGAAUUCAUCGGCAAGCACGUCAAGACGGUGUCGCUGCUCCAGUACUUUGAGCCCCCGACCGUAGAAGAGGUGGAGGCGUCGUUCACACCUCUGGACGACGCACAGCUCCGGGAAAUGAAGAGCAACAAGAAGGGCGCCUACUACCGCCGUCUGAAACGCUACAAUUCGGACCUGGAGGUGAUCAGGCUGGCUUCCCAGAUUACCUACGAUGCGCUCAUCGUGGCCUCCACGCUGCAGCUGUCGACGCUGGUGCCCCGGCUCGCGGGCAAGGUCCACGGCUCCCGCCCAAUCGUCUGCUAUAGCCAGUUCAGAGAGACGCUGCUGGAGCUCUCGCAUACCCUCUACGACUCUCUGCACUUUCUCGCCCCCACCCUACUCGAGACACGCUGCCGCCCGUACCAAACCGUCAGGGGCAAACUGCAUCCGCUCAUGACCAUGCGCGGCGGCGGCGGGUAUCUACUCUGGUGCCACAAGGUAAUCCCCGCCGACAAUGGCGCCGGCAAAAUCGACUGUGAUAACGCUGCGGCCCCCGCGUGCCCCGCGGCCCAGCCGGACGAAGCGCCAUAA